AUGAAACUGAGCAAAAAUCAGCUCAGACGAGCGAAGAAGAAGGCCCAGAAGACGGAUGCUACUCAUGCCCCACCUCAGAAGAUCGAAGCAACGCCGUCUGAACAACGUCAGCUUAGCUCUGAUUCGAAGGAUGUCCCAGCUGCCGCCACGGUCGCCUCCCCCCCCGAGCUCGACGAUCCGCUCUGGGAGAUGUACAAGGGCAUCGUCGGCAAAUUUGACGAGACCGGCGAGGAUGCUGCCGCACAAGGAACUGAAAAGCCUGAGAUAUACUUCGAUGACGAAGAUGAAAUCCCAGACGAGGAUCAAGAGAGUGAACCGAAGAUUUCGAAAAAGAAGCGAAAGGAACUGAACAAGCUAUCGGUUGCUGAAUUGAAGGCGAUGGUUCGCAAACCCGAGAUCGUGGAAUGGACAGAUACAUCAGCAUCAGAUCCUCGGCUCCUGAUCCACAUCAAGGCACAUCGUAAUGUGGUUCCCGUUCCUUCGCAUUGGUCUCUCAAACGUGAAUACCUUUCGUCCAAACGAGGGGUUGAAAAAGCACCCUUCGCCCUCCCCAAGUUCAUACAGGAAACGGGGAUUGCAGAGAUGCGUGAUGCUGCCUUAGACAAGCAAGAACAGUCCAGCCUGAAACAAAAGCAACGGGAGAGGGUCCAGCCGAAGAUGGGACGCCUUGACAUCGACUAUCAGAAACUCUACGAGGCCUUCUUCCGCUUCCAAACUAAACCCGAGCUGACUCGCUACGGCGAGAUCUACUAUGAGGGGAAAGAAUACGAGACCAACCUGAAACAUCUCCGGCCGGGUGACCUGAGCGAUGAACUAAAGGAGGCUCUCAAUAUGCCACCGGUCGAUGAGCAUAACCGACCGUUAUACGGAGGUGAUAUUUUUGGAGUCUUGCAACCGCAGCAAAAUGUUCAACAAGGAGAACCAGUUGAGAAAGAUCUCUGGGGAGAAUUGCAGGCAUCUGAAGAGUCGGAAGAAGAGAGCGAGGAGGAGGAUGAGGAAGAAGACGAGAACGCGGAUGAAGAGGACGAUGAAACAGGUACACAGUCUCCAAGUGGUUUAGAAACACCCAGCGGCGUAGCUUCUGCUAUUCCAUCUGAACCAAGACGGAGGAAUCCGCUCACCCUCGAAGUGCUUACCAAGUCAUCCCGGAGAGACAGACGAGCGUCCAAGGAUUUUUCGGUGGCGACCGAGCAUAUGAUCUGGGCUCCUCUUCACGCACUAAUCCCCCCCGUCCUCGGCGUCGAUGACCAAACCCGAAAGCGCAAGAAGCCCGGCGAUGUGGAUGUAUCGGUCGACCUGGAUGCGAUUCAAGCUGGAGAUGGUCUCAGCAAGGACAGCCUUCAAAACAUGUACGAGGCACAGAGACAGCAACAGAAUCAACCGCAAUGGGGAUUCCAGGAAGACCUCAGUGACAUGAUUGCACAGGAGAGCCGUAAGAGGUUGCGCAAGGAAGAAGAGCGGCGC